AUGUUCAUGGUCUUCGGAAGCUUCAACCCGGGAUGGACAUGUCUGGAUGAUCCUCCCAGCAACGGUACAGCGUUAAUGGGAAAUGCCACAAAUAUUUCAAUGUUUACCAUCCACAAAGGAUGGAACGUCAGUGGAAAUACGGACUCUGGAUUCGAUUGUUACAAUAUGAAGACGUGUAACAACAUAUCCUUUAACAAGGAAGCCUCUACCGUUGUUACUAAAUGGGCGUUGGUGUGUGAAAACUCCUGGCCACUGCCGGUGAUCAUCUCCAUCCAGAUGGCGGGGGUGGCUCUGGGAUCGUAUCUGGGUGGACAGGUCGGCGAGAAGUUGGGCAGGAAGGUCAGCAUCUAUGGCAGUUUGGCUAUCAUGGUCGUCAUGAACGUUGUGGCAGUAUUUUCAGUUUCCUGGGAGAUGUAUGCCUUUGUCCUCUUCUUUACUGGACUUGCCAACGGCUGCAUCCUAUCCUCUUUGAUAGUACUGGUUAUUGAGUUCCUCAAUACGUGGUGGAGGGGGUUCAUCGGCGCAUUCCCGUUUUGGAACGUGGCUACGCUGUCUUUCGCUCUGUGUGUUCUAGUUCUGAAAGAUUGGAAACACGUCCACCUUUCGAUUGCCGCCCUCUCCCUCAUUUCCUUUUUGCCCGUGUUUUGGGUUCCCGAGAGCAUGCGGUUUUUGACAGUUCACGGAAACAUUACAGAAGCAAACAAAGUAGUGAGAAAGAUUGCUAAAUGGAACAAAAAACCACUGCCCAAUACGAGUAUUUUAAAUACAAUAGCAGAAGAAGAAAAGAAGAUCAUGAAUAAGACAAAACAGUACACUUAUUUAGACCUUUUUCGCAAACCUGUCAGGAAAACUAAUAUUAUCCUUGGAUUAACAUGGUUAAUUCUUUCUAUCGGAUACUUUGUGGUUGGAUUUGGAAUUAAGUCGCUUUACGGCGAUUUCUUUGUUAACUUUCUGUUGUAUUCAGUUGUUUCAAUCCCUAUGAGAAUAGUUGCAGCAGUUUUAGCAACAAAAGUGGGUAGAAAGUUCACGUCUGCGUUCUUCGUAUGCUUGACUUGUGGCUGUUCGCUUUCGGUGGUUGUCAUUCAGCUUCUGGCGCCCUUGGACAUCCAGGGAACAGCAACUGCCGUCAUGGCUUUAGGUGCUAGCAUGAUGACGGAGGCUGGUUGGGGAGUUGUGGUGGUGUUAGUUGUAGAACUGAAUCCUACAUCUAUCCGAAACCUGGCCUAUGGAUACUGUAAUGGUUUAGCAAGAACUGGGUCAAUUAUCGCCCCUUUUCUUAUUCCUAGAGAGACGUUUCCCAUGUUUGGGGCAUUUCUUUUGCUAGGUCUUCUUCAGCUUGUCGGCUUCCUUGGUAUACUGAUGCUGCAUGAGACCAAGAACAAACCUCUCCAGGAUAAUCUGCUGAAGAAGCCGUCACGAAUAAACAAUCGGCCCAAUGAAGUCAGUCAGUCAUGGCCUGAUGUUGACACAUCUUCACGAUCUACACUUGACAUAGUCAUGCGUGUCUAG